AUGGUCCCCGGAUCACCAAAACGAAUAGCCAGCCGCUUAUUAGACUCCGUGGCCUCUCUUUGGGCUGUGUGCACAAAACGAGCCAGUCGAGCCAAGAGAAUCCUCACUAUUACUGAUUCAAACAAAUCGCCGGCGGCAAAGCCAAAGGGCUCGAAGAAGAUUUUCGCAGCGAUAAGCAACAAGGAGGCGAACUCCAGCAGGCACAAGAAGUGGGUCUUCGACGACGAGGAAUUCGUCACCGGUGGAGGUUUCGGGGACGGAGGGUUGUGGCAGAGGAAUAUCUUGAUGGGCGAUAAGUGUCAGCCGUUGGAUUUCCCGGGCGUAAUUUAUUAUGAUAGCAACGGGAAGAGGUUGAAUGAGCUUCCAAUGAAGUCUCCGAGAGCUAGUCCGUUGCCGAACAAUGUUUACCCGCCGGCGGCGAAGUGA